AUCAACACCAACCGCAGCCUGCAGAGGGAGUAUGAAUCGCCCUCCAAUGACUCUGUCAGAGGAGCUCAAGUGCUCGAUUUGUUUGGAUUUGUUCACCGAUCCAGUCAGCACUCCAUGUGGACACAACUUCUGUAAGAGCUGCCUGAGCCAGUGCUGGAACAACAGUCAGACCUACAGAUGUCCAUUCUGUAAAGCAAAUUUCAGGAAAAGACCCGACCUCAAGAUCAACACAGCACUCAGACCGGUUCUGGAGCUCUUUAGGGAAAAGUCUGGUCUGAGUAAAUCUGAGGUUCUCUGUGACUUCUGUGAUGAUAUAAAGAUGAAAGCACUGAAGAUGUGCCUGGUGUGUCAGAGCUCUUACUGUGAAACUCACCUGGAGCCUCAUCACAGAGUCGCACAUUUAAGGAAACACAAACUAAUUGAUCCUGGGGCGAAUCUUGAAAAAUAUAUCUGUCAGAAACAUGAGAAACCUCUGGAGCUGUUCUGUAGAAAUGACCAGACAUGUGUGUGUUUGCUCUGCACUGUAACAAAUCACAGGGAUCACAACACUGUUGCUGUAGAGGAGGAGAGCAGAGCGAGAAGGCCUCGUCUGAGGAAGAUGAAGACAGACGUGCAGCAGAUGAUUCAAGACAGAAUUAAGAGAAUUCAAGACAUCAGACACUUAGCAAAACUCAGAAAAAAAACAUCAGAGAAAGAGAAAGCAGACAGUAUUAAGCUCUUUACUGAUCUGAUGCGCUCCAUUGAGAGAUGUCAGUCUGAGCUGCUGGAGAUGAUGGAGCAGAAGCAGAAAGCAGCAGAGAAGCAGGCUGAAGAGCUGAUUAAAGAGCUGGAGCAGGAGAUCACUGAGCUAAAGAGGAGAGACACUGAGCUGGAGCAGCUCUCACACACUGAGGAUCACCUGCACAUCUUACAGAUUUACCCAUCGCUAAUCAGACCUCCAUGCACCAGCAGCUGCGCUGAGAUCAGUAUUAGUGACACUCAGCUGAGUGUGGAGCCUCUGAGGAAAGCACUGGUUCACCUGCAGGAGACUCUAGACGAGAAACUCAGCAGAACUGUGCUGAAGAGGAUACAGCAACAUGCAGUGGAUGUGACUCUGGAUCCUGAUACAGCUUAUCCAAAUCUCGUCCUGUCUGAUGAUGGAAAGCAAGUGACAAGUAAAGACAUAAAGCAUAAACUCCCAAACAACCCAGAGAGGUUUGAUUAUUGUCCCUGUGUCCUGGCACAUGAGGGAUUCAGCUCAGGGAGGUUUUAUUUUGAGGUGCAGGUAAAGGGAAUGACUGAUUGGGAUUUAGGAGUAGCCAGAGAAUCCAUUAACAGGAAGGGAAUUAUCACCGCAAUCCCAGAAGCUGGAUACUGGAUAGUAGUUCUGAGGAAUGGGAAUAAUUAUCUGGCUGAGGUACAUACAGAGGUACACUUUGACGUGCUUCAUUUCCAUGAGAAGAGAAGGGAGGAGCUGUGACAUUACUACAGAAACGUUGUGGCACAACAGAAUCAGGAAGUACAUGAACUGCAG